CUCAAAAACAGAGUCUCUCUGUGGAAGCCCAGUGCCCCAAUCCCAGAGAGAGUAGGAGUAGCAGAGGGCCCACUCCUGUGCUCCCCAGGAGUAACCCCUGCUCCACCCUUGGGAGGCAGGAGAGGGCAUCUCUGCACGUCUGAAGACGGAGGGGUGGUAAGAACCUCACCACUGCCCUGGGAGGACCAGGACAGGCAUACCUGUGGCUCCUGGGGUCCCCUUGGGUUCGAGGGCGACGUCUCACCUUUUUGGAGGAAAAGAUGUGUUGGAAAACGUUGCUGCUUCUGCUGCUGUAUUCCGAUGCUCAGGCCACUCUGUCCCACAGGUGGACCAGGGCCGUGCUCUUCCCUGCCGCCUACCGGCCAAAGAGAUCCUCAAUGCUGCCCUUGAACCCGGUCCUGCAGAGCUCCCUGGAGGAAGUAGAACUGCUCUAUGAGUUCCUGCUGGCCGAACUUGAGAUCAGCCCUGACCUGAAGAUCUCCAUCAAGGACGAGGAGCUGGCCUCCCUGCGGAAGGCCUCGGACUUCCGCGCUGUCUGCAAUGACGUGAUCCCCAAGAGCAUCCCCGACAUCCGGCGACUUAGUGCCAGCCUCUCUAGCCGCCCGGGCAUCCUCAAGAAAGAGGACUUCGAAAGGACAGCGCUGACCCUAGCCUACACGGCCUACCGCACGGCCUUGUCCCAAGGGUAUCAGAAGGACGUCUGGGCCCAGUCCCUCCUCAGCCUCUUUCGUGCCUUGAGGCAUGACUUGAUGCGGUCCUCAGGUCCGAGGGCAUCUGCCUGAGGGACUGGCCCGCACCAGGGCCACGGAGCGGGGACCAGCAUACAGCAAUCCAGAAAUUCCUCAUUCUCGACUCCAUUUACAGAGACCAGGCACAGAACAUACACUGCCAGCUCAGAGCUGCAGAGAUCAAAUAAGGAGCCCUGCUGCUCUUUGCCCCUUGUAACUUCUUGAUAAGCGAAAGAUUGUGAUUUAUACCAUAAUGUGACCUGAGAUGGAGAAAAGGGCUGCGAUGGUAAUUCAAGACGCCUCCAGAGGGUGAAUGGUUGGCCUGGUGCAUUGCAGCAGUCUAACAUAGGCUUUAGCACUGACUGCCCGUGACACAAACACCCAGGAGUGAGGAAAGAGACAGGAGAGACAUUAUAAAAGUUUGGGCACGACAGGAAGGUGGGGGGUGGGGAACAGAUUUCUUUGGCCCUAAGAGAUCAGGGUGCUGGAUUGAAUGAACGUCUUUCCAAAGUUCUGUAAUAAGAUAUAAAGAAGCUAGUGUGUGUGUGUGUGUGUGUGUGUGUGUGUGUGUGUGUGUGUGUGUGUAAAGUCGCUUUAGUCAUGUCUGACUCUGUGAUCCCAUGGACUGUAACACUCCAGCCUUCUAUGUCCAUAGGAGUCUCCAGGCAAGAAUACUGGAGUGGGUUGCUGGGCCCUCCUUCAGGGGCUCUUCCCGACCCCGGGAUCUGAACCCGCCUUUCCUGUGUCUCCUGCACUGGCAGGCGGGCUCUUUACUGCUAGCGCCACCUGGGAAGCCCUAAAGAAACUAAAGCCAUAGCCAAAUAAAUAUAUUGUUAACCAAGGGCCCACUUCUCAACUUUUUCAAAAGUCCCCAAGAAGAAUCAGUCAGAAAAUCAGUUAUGAGUUAUAUACCAAGCUGCUUCUUUCCUGAAGGCUGGUCUAAUUUAGCAGAGAAAUAUGAAGGAGGCCCAAAGAAAUGCUACUGUCAUGCCUUGCCUUUUGAACAGAGAAGUCAAGCUAACGCAGAGAGGGUCAUCCUGACAAGAGAGGUGGCACCCAUGCCCUGGUCUGUCUAUUCUAAUGCUAAAAUUAUUGAGCAUCCUCAGAGAAUUAAGUGCACCAAAUAAAAGUGAUUUUCAGAUGACAAAAUUUUACCCCCUCAAAUGCCAAAUCUUUCAUUUCAGAAUUAUUGACUUGAUAUAUUUUAAAUUAUACAUAUGAAAUGCCUUACAUUUUUAUUUAGUAUCUUGGAGACAUCCUAGUGUAGGAGUUAGAUAAGAUCUAAGAUCCCUCUCCUUCUCAAAUUUCUACCGUCAUUUAACUAACUAUGAAAUGUUACCUGGACCUGUGUUGUCAGUCUGCUGGACUGCUUGUAUCAACCCUGAAAGUUCCCAGGCUUUGUUAACUCUGAAUCUGGUAUAUUUCUGCAGCCUUCCUCAGAGUCAGGCUAUAAGAGCGCACUUUCCUCUGCUACCAACAUGACUUGACCUUUGUAAUUUGUUCUUUCUAACUGGCCAUGGCCUGAAAGAUAAGAUAGCAAGUCUUUUUAGCAUUCUGUGUUAAAGAAGAGUUAAUCCAUGAAGGUCCCUGACAGAAGUAAAUCACCUCAGUUCUAAUGAAGAUUCCUCACCAGCUCAGAGAUGUUUCCAGCUUCUCCAAUCCAAGGUUUACGACUGGGUUCGAGAGGCUAAAUUGCAAGAAGUCUAAUCUCUGAAUAAGCGAGGACUCACUGAGCUAAAUCUGAUUCUGAAAUGGGUUUUUAACAAUUGUCGUUUAAUGAUGAUGAAAGCUGGUCUUGACUUCUUUAAAAUCUUUGACUAAGGGAGCCUUACCUAGCAGUACAAGCUGCAGGAUCUUUUGAAGAAAUAUCAGGAUGAAGAAAUAGGUAUUUAUCAUCAAAGAAAAGUCUCACUUUGCAUCCUCACUCCCAGGCUCAGAAGACUAACCAGCCAGUCUCUCAUUCUCAUUCCCCAGUUAUACCUCUUGUACACCCCUCAGAUACAGACUGAUAUAUGCCUUUCCAUUCCAUUUCUUCCUAAGAUCACAUGUUCUCUUUGACAUCAUCGCUCCACUUGUCUCUUUGUGGUCAUCGGUGUCUCUGCUGCUCUGUCUUUGGGUCCGAUUCUGAUAUCUCUAUAUCCAUUGCUCAAGGCACAUCUUGAUUUCUUCCGGCUAACCUCUCACUGUCUCUGCCUGGCUCUCUCUGAUGCUCACUGUCUCCUUCAGGGAUUGUUGUCUGAAUAAAACAAAGGCAAAACAAAGGUACAGACAAGUUUGGGAUUGCCCAGAAAGCAGAUUAGCCUCACAGCCUACCUUCAGUGUUGGGGCUUUGCCCGCAUGAGGGUUGGGGAGGGGUCAGCUGAGGCCUCAGUCCCUGGACACUGGGUAAUAGUCUGACAGAGUCCUGCAUCUGCUCUGGGGCUCCACGGCUAUCAGAACGGAUCUAAGAGCUUUCCUCAGUCACCAAGCAGAAAGGCCCACACUUGGUGUCCCUGAGCACCAUGUGAGGAGGAUACUCACAGCUGCUCCCAAGGGCAGGAGAUCCCUGGAUAGGAGAGGGUUGUUCUCAGGACUGGUGAUAGCAGUGGCAGUUCAUUCAUUCACCCUGCCACAAAUAAAUUACAGGCACUUCUGUACUGAUAAUCGAGUCCAAACUUAUGUGGCAGUCAACUGGAAAAAAAAAAAAAACGAACCAGAAGGACACAACCUUUUUAAAGACAAAUGAAAUUUUCAUUUUUGUUA